AGUAUUAUAUACUUUUCAAAGUGGUAAUUUGGGCCAUGUCUUCUCCAAGACAUGACCUGAAAUGUCCUCACCCAGGGUGUCUUCUCAGUUUGGUCUGGGUAAUGUUUUUGCUCAAACCACAUAGAUUUGUUAGAUGUGUGUUCCAGGAAAGGGAUCUGAGUGUAUUUUUAGAGCUUUAAUUAGUCUUGAACUCUUGGGGUAGUUACUGCAAACGGUGAAAUGUCCCCUCACAUUUACUUGCCACCACCCCCUCCGUGGCCCCAGACUAUCCUUCUAGUGCGUUAUCUCUUACUGAGCCCCCAGCUCCCCACCACACCCUGCACUAGACUGUAGUCAUGUAUUAUUCUAUUGCCACCGGAGCUUGAAACGGUGGUUUUUGGCACAUUGCUGGCACUCAAGACAUCUCAGGAUGGUGUCCCCUGGUCCUCCCACUACUCAAUGAGAUGGCAAAAAAUGGGGCAGACUGUGAGCUACCUCAGAGGCGCCUAUCGGCCAAAGAAAAGCACAACAUGCAGUAUGCAGACUCCUUGUCGCUGAGUGAGAGGAAGCAGAGGGACCGCGAGGAGCGUGGGUCUCUGGUGUUAUGGAAGAAACCGCUCGUCACGCUACACUACUUCCUGCUGGAGCUGCGCAUAACCCUGAAGGACUGGAUGUGGGGGUUAUGGCGGCAGAGACAUUCAGUCUUGUCUCUGCUGGUGCUGGUCACCCUCUUCUCCAUCGCCUACUGUGUUAACGGAACACAUCAGAAGUAUGUACAACACAUGGAGAAGAGGUUCCUGUGGUGUGCCUACUGGGUAGGCUUGGGUAUCCUGUCCUCUGUGGGACUGGGGACUGGCCUGCACACCUUCCUCCUCUACCUGGGUCCACACAUAGCAUCAGUGACCCUGGCAGCGUAUGAAUGUGGUUCAGUGGAUUUCCCGGAGCCCCCCUACCCCGAGCAGAUCAUCUGCCCCCAGGAGGAGGUGCUGUUGGGGGGGACGGCAGCAGCUGUACAGGGAGGCAUCUCCCUCUGGACCAUUGUCUCCAAGGUCCGCUUAGAGGCCUGCAUGUGGGGAGCGGGCACAGCCAUCGGGGAGCUUCCUCCCUACUUCAUGGCGCGGGCAGCGAGGCUGUCUGGAGAAGAGCCUGAUGAUGAAGAGUAUGAAGAGUUUGGAGAGUUGCUGGAGCAGGCAGAGACUCCACAGGAUUUUGCCACCAGAGCAAAACUAGCAGUGCAGAAAAUGGUUCAGAGAGUUGGAUUCUUUGGAAUUCUCGCCUGUGCCUCUAUUCCAAAUCCACUGUUUGACCUAGCAGGUAUAACAUGUGGCCAUUUCCUUGUUCCCUUUUGGACCUUUUUUGGAGCAACACUAAUUGGGAAAGCCAUCAUCAAAAUGCACAUUCAGAAACUGUUUGUGAUCAUAACCUUCAGCAGGCACAUAGUGGAGCAGAUGGUGUCUCUGAUCGGUGCUGUCCCAGUGCUGGGCGUCUCUCUACAGAAGCCCUUUAGGGAGUACUUGCAGGCCCAGAGAGCCAAGAUGCACCACCAUGCGGGAGAGGAGACCCCAGCCGAUGAAAACUGGCUGUCGUGGGGCUUUGAGAAGGUGAUCGUGGUCAUGGUUUGUUUCUUUGUCUGCUCCAUUGUCAACUCCAUGGCCCAGAGCUAUGCCAAGCGCCAGCAGCAGCAGAAGUACUCUGAGGGCAAAACCAAGUGAAGGCGACACUGAGAAGAGAGGAGAGCAGCUAGCCUAGCACACAUUCUGGGCUCUCGGUCAAAAAACCCUCAGCACAAACUUGCUGCUUCCUCCUCUUUUUUCUCUAUCUCCAAUAAUCUCCAAUGAGACACAAACCGCCAUAAUCCGAAGUAUGGGCGUCCAUGUUAUCGAUCGAUGGAUAUCCAUCCAUAUGAAGUAACCGUUUUCUUUGUUUCUGUAGUGGUACUGAAGGUUAUCCGUUUACAUGGAACUUGGACUUAAUUUAUUCACUUACAAGGCUUUUUUUUUAUAGAGAUGAUGGCCCAUAGUUUUUUGCUUCCUCAGCGGUUGUUCACUAUAAGGUAGGUGCUUGGUUAUGUGGUGUGGUGCUGUAUGGAUAGGACAUCCAUUUCAUUGAGCAGCUCUACAGUGACUGUGUGUGGGUGGGUUAGCAGCUACUGGUACUGAUUUUCCUCUGCGAGGCUUUAAGUACUCUUUGGUCCAGCUUCCACUACUAGAACAAAUGGUCUUAUCAUAAAGCCUGUUUAUUUAAAUGAUUAUGUUUGGCUUGGAUGGGUUUUAUAUUACUUAAAUUAUUUGGUGAGUGUACUGUAAUGCUGGGACUGAGGUUAUAUAUUAUGUAAGUUGUGUAAGGCCUAAUCUGUUUUUUCCCAGUUAAUUUAUUAGGAGUUGUGAUUUUUGUUGUUUUUUGAAAUGUUGUUGCAUUAUGGCAAUAUGAAAUGGCAUAGACAAGGAAUGUACAUGGACUGCACAUCUUGUAAAUAUAGCUAUGAUAAUAUAUGAUUUUCAUAACUUCACUUCUACAAAUCUGCUGUAGAUAGAAUAAAUCAAAUAAAUCAAAACAGGGAGUUCAAUCACUUGAUUUUUAUCUGUACGUAUGCUACUAUUGAUGUCAUUUCUAUGCUGUAAAAUUCCACAGAGUGAGCACCUUUGGGUCAGACUUCAUAAAUCGUCCAUGAAUCAUUCUGCUGGUCCCUUUGUCUGGAGUUAUUGUUCUACUUCCAGUAAGAGAGCACAUGAGUCAGACCUGGGGCUGCUCAACCAACCAGAUGCAGUGAUGGAUUGAAUCAGAUCUGUGUUUGUGCCACUUCUGUAACUCUCUUCCUUAUAGAGCCUUUCAUUCAGAUCCCAAGUUGUGUUUGGUGGUAUCUGUUUACUUUAUAUGAUCUUUUAGGGGUUGUGCCAGGUUUGAAGCUCGUGGUAAGUGUUUCCUUUGUCUUCAGUGCCUGACUGUGGAAGGAGUUUCAGACAGUGUGUGUGUUAAUGCAGUAGACUCCUCUGCACUCUCUCAACUCCCAUGUAAAGCUUGAACGCUCCGCAAGCUCAUGUUCACAAUUCCGCUGGGAGGAAGGGCAGCACUUUAAAUGAUGUUAUGUCAUCAAUAUGUAUAUUUUUUCUGUCUUAUGCUUGUUGGAUAACGUCAGCUGGCUUGUGAUCCAAGAUUCCUAUUUUUCGUAAUUGCUGGUGAAUUAUUUUUGUAUUUUUUUUGUACUGUUGCCCUGGUAUGUUGGUUUGGGAGCUCCGGGCAGACAGGCAGGAAAGGGGGGAAGAGCGAGCAGAGAGAGAAAGAGAGCGAAAGGGAGAGCGCAGUGAAAAGGGUCUGUGGCGUUACCUCCAGUGAACCCUCCUAUGAACUCGCUGCACUGCCCCAGUGACAGAGCCAGGAGACGAAUCAGUCGAGUAGAUUCAAAACAGAGAGGCACUGUUGAAUGCACAGAGACUCAGCCUCCCUCCAGUCUGCUGCAGCUCUGCUAAUCACGCCAUUCAAAUAAAGCCUCACUCUCUCAGGGUAAGUAAUGGAAGGAUUUUUUUCCUCCUCUUUCCUCAUGUUGCGUGUGUGUGUGUGUCUCAGGCAUGUCCGUUACUCUCUCGGCCUGUCAGAUAGCUUAUCAGACUGGUGUUGGCUGUUACAUUGCAAGGCGACAACAGUCUGUAGGCUGUCUGACAUUUCGGGCUCUUUCAUCUGACCAGCAUCCUGUUUUCUCUUUGUCUGUCUGGUGUUGUUGUCGUUGUUGAAAUAUCGGUUUCCAUUUUGAGCUGUGUGGUCUGAUGUUAUAGUUCCUUUGUUGUAAAAUAUUUUAGACAUACGUUUUAUUUAUUUUUUAUUGAUGUGUUCUUUGUUGACUUCUUUUAAAGUGGUUAUAUAUGUAUGUCUUUUUGUAAAUUAAAAUGUAUUGCCGUUAAUUUGUCUGAUUGGUGUGUGUGCGUGUAUGUGUGCAUGUGUCUCUAUCUUUACUUUAGUUUUUCGCACCGGUAUCAUUGCCUAUCUGUUAAAAGGGCUUGUGUGUGUUUCUGGGGUUUGGCUCAGUCCCCUUGAAUUUCCAGAGAAUCAGGAAAGCACACACCUUAUUGCAACACUUCAUUGUGACAGACAGCCAGUAUUUGCUAUGGUACACACAGUCCUCACCUCAGAUAGUUCCCCCUUCCACUUUACACUUCCCUCUUUUCUCUCACACUUCUUUCCAUUUUCCACUAUUGCUCAAUAGCUGCUUUUUUUUUGUCUAACGUUGCAUUUUAUUAGUACAGCUUUUUUCUUGUUUUUGCUUGAGGGUUUGUAUUUAGAAAAAGUUGAAAUCAUGGCUUGACCAGUAGAUGUUCUUUCUGUGGUCAUAAAUCUGCUGAGCCAAGAUGACUUACCUUUUGAGAAAUUACUUAUGUUUUCCUUGGCAGUUUUAGAACAUCCUGUUCCAUAAGGGAGCCCCAUUUUUGCGUGUGUCUUUCUGUGUGUGUUUACGUUUCUAUGUGUAAAUGUCUGUGUAAUGGUGGGUGUCUGUACUUGGGAAUUCUUUUCAAAUUAUGUAUGUACUGUUUUAUCUGUUUUCUCUUUAAAUAAAGUGGACUAAAAUAAA